AUGUCUAUCCAGAUCAUCCCCGCUACCAGAGAUGAUGUCCCCGAAUUACUGGGUCUCAUUAGGGAGCUGGCAAUCUACGAAAAGGCUGAACAUGAAGUCAAGGCUACUCCCGAACUCAUGACCAAAGCAGUAUUCGACGACAAGUACGCCGAAUGCUUGAUUGCCCGCAAGCUACCGAAGGAUGGUGCUGCUGGUAGAGGCGAAGCUAUCGGGAUGGCUUUGUAUUUUUUCACCUAUUCUACCUGGCUGGCUGCACCUGGUCUCUACCUAGAGGACCUGUACGUCAAACCCAGCGAACGGAACCUCGGCCUCGGAAAACGUCUUUUCGGCGAGCUCGGGGUCAUCGCCAAAGAGAAAGGCUGUCAACGCAUGGAAUGGAGGGUCCUCAAAGCUGGUUUCCAUUGCUCGUCGCCGAAAAGUGUUCGUGCUGAUCAGCGUGUACAGUGGAACGAGCCGUCUAUUGCCUUCUAUACCCAGUGCCUCAAAGCCGAUCCUCAAUCUGAAUGGGAGGGCAUGCGUAUUGAAGGGGACGAGAAGAUUCAAAAGCUCAUCGACGACUUCCAGAAGCCCUAG